CUUGGUAUGGUAUGAACAUGAUUUUAAAGCAAAGAAAACCCCCUGAAAACCCAUUUUUCCUCUCAAACAAACCAUAUCAUAUUCCAUAAUUUCCAUUGAUUGGUUCCUUCUCCUUGCAAAUUUCCCCUUCUACUAUUCUUCUCUCCCCCCCUGUGUUCCUUCAUCUCUCAUCUUCUUCUAGCUUCCAUACAAGAACCAUGAUUUUCGUCGAUGGAGCACCCUUCACCGUCGAAUCAUCUUCAUCAAAUAAGGGAGCUGAUGUCCUGUAUGCUUUAAUGGAGUGCCAUUACCUUGUCAAUGCCACAAAUUCAUUCAAGGGUACUCCAGAGAUGAGGUUCACAGUUUCUGAACAGUCUGGCGUGGAGAGAUCAACUAUGAGUAAAUGGAUUUAUGUGUUUCAGAAAGAAUAUGCCAUUGUAGAUCCUGCAUUAGUGGAUUUUGUUGGCACUGAUGAAGCAACAACUUGUGUGGGCAUAGCUAUUCGGAAUCGAAAAAAUGGAAUGACAUCUGUUGCACAUAUGGAUUUCCCAGACAUCAUCAAAAUUGCUCUCUCGCAGAUGUUAUCCCUAGUUGUUGAUCCCGCUUCUGAUGUUGAGUUAGAUGUUCAUUUAGUUGGAGGUUUUGAAGAUGUUCUACUCGAAGAAAAUAAUAAUAUCACCCGGACAGGAGAUCAUAAAAAGAUGGAGGGUUAUUCAUUUCCACUGUGUAACAAAAUUAUCGAGAGUUUGUGGACAAGACCAGAGAAAUUUCAUCUUCAGACUCUUUGUAUUCUUAGGCAUAACACUCGCCGAGACUCUGAAGGGAAUGCUUACCCUAUCUUCAACGGAUUCGUGGUGAAAACUUCUGAUGGAUCUGUGUUCCCUGCUAGCUUUGAUAGUACUUCAAGAUGUCCAGAUGAAGUUGUUCGGAGAAUUCGACUAUCAUCUUCGUACGAGGAUCCAAGUUGGGAGGGCAGACUGUUGGAGACCUAUGAAACUCAAACUGAUCAGUUCAAAAUCGAACCAUGCCGCUGGUCGCCAUGGAAACAACGCAUUGCUUUGUCUCUACAAUGCCUUUCCGAUUCCGAAAUCCUUCAGUCAUGUUCUACCUCCCCUUCUGCAGAAGGACCGGACUUCGUGGAGAGUGCUAGAAGGCAGUGGGCUUAUUUAGUCGAACACCCAGAUUGGAGAGAGACCUUCCCAAAGAAAAAGCCAAGAAUUUUUAGAAGGGCUGCUGAUGGAAAAUGGGAAAGGAACUUUAACUGACUUCUUCUGUGCUGAUUUCUUUGUAUUAAUCCCCUAUAGUUAUCCUUUUAAUGAUCUGUGACAUUGUUGAAUAUAUUUCCAUUUCUUUUUCCAUUUUAAAUAAUGAGAGAGUAUAUUGUUAUCUUCACCCAAAUAAAUUUGAGUUUAUGAGU